UAAUCAUUUUUAUCGCAAAAAGAAAAUCAACUGAAAAAAUGGCGCUACAAAUCCACUCUUCGUGUUUCUUCUCGACGAGACCCUAUCACCAUCUUCAUCUUCUCUUCAUCACUACCAGAAACCCUAGAUUCGCAAUCAAAUGUCAAAAUUCCCAAAUUGAAUCCGAGACAACAGAGGAUCCAGCUCAACCCAAGAAUUCAAGCGCUUCCGGCGUAGGAUUCGGUUCUUCGGCUUCUUCUUCUCCGGCUAAGAAAUUGAGUGCAGCUACAUCGGGAAUUAAGAAAGGGAAAGGGAAGAGAGAGUUGAAGCGGCGUGCUCCGGUGGAGAAACCGGUGUUUAUGAGCGAGGAAGGAGCGGCUAAGGCAGAGGAACAGAGACGAAACGAGAACGCGUUUCUUCUUACUUGGCUUGGGCUUGGUAUCGUCAUCCUCAUCGAAGGGAUUAUUCUCGCUGCUUCAGGAUUCCUCCCCGAAGAGUUGGAUAAGUUUUUUGUCAAGUAUGUGUAUCCAGUGUUCACUCCAUCGGUUGGGUUAUUUCUGGCUGGGACAACUGCAUAUGGAGUUCUAAAGUACAUACAGAAUGAGAAAAUGAAGGGUCAAGAGUGAUACUAUACAACCAUGGAUAUUAGAGCUUGCCCUUGAUUGAGAGCGAUUGGUUUCAGAGGGUUUAGCGUUAAGUGUGUUGCAAGUAGAGUGGAUACUCUUAAAUCUGGUUUCACUUUGGUUAUGCAAUCCAAAAAGACGAGUUUGUGUAUUGAUCUGACCUUAGUCAUUGUAUAUGCAGAGAGCUGGGUAUCAGGUUAUGUACAAUUAAAAUCAGUUUGAAGUUAUUCAUGUGCCAUUAUCAUUUUAUCCUAAACAAACAUCAAGAGUCAAGCCAUGUAUGUAAAUGUCUUGUUGCCAUGAACACGAGAAAAAGUUCAUGGGCCGACCUGGCCUAGUCAUGUUAGGGAUGUGCCCGUUGUUUUUGGGUAAAAAAAUUAAUAAACUACAAGGAGAUUUUAAUUA